GGCAUUCCGCUCACUCAAAAUAUAACUUAGGACCGGAAAGCAUCCCAAAGCAGUCUAUUCGAAAAGCGGCGCGAGAAUCAGUUAUUCAGCACAGCACCAAAAUGGAGGAUUCUGGCGCCAUUUUAUGUCACAUCUCUCUUCUUAAAGAUAUGCUUGAUCAGGUAAAUGAAGAAAUCGAAGCCAGUUAUCAGAUUACUCGAGAAAUUGAAUCGGAGAUUGUAAAGUGUUGUGAGAUUGAGACGGAGUAUGCUGUCAAGGAAUCAGAGUUAACGAGGAAUUUGUAUCACUUGCAUUUCGAAAUUCACGGAUUAAUGGCUGUCACUUCUGAUUCGAUGGCUUCGAUUAAACGGUUAGAGGCAGAGCUCUCUUGUCUAAGGAUCAAACGAGAUGAAAUCUGUAAUGGAAUGGACAACAAGCGCGAAGAGUUUAUUUCAUCUUGCCUAAAAUUUCAGAAAGACAUUGACAAGGGAGAAAAUUGUGAAAUGAGGACUCUUUUGUCUGAAAAAGUAAAUCUUGAAAAUGAAAUAGAACUGUUAACUACGAAGAACAGUUCACUGCAAAAUUCUGUGUCAGCAUUUGUGGAGGAACUACUAGAAGAUCUUCGUAAUACCAACUCUGAGUGGGAAUCUAGAGAAUGAGAAAUUGCUCAAGGACAUCGAUGAACUGAAGGCCACACUUCUCUCAGUUAUUUCAAUGUGAUUGCCCCACUAUUAAUCAUUUAAGGAGUUGGUCCUUUUACUGGAUAUCUUUCCUGAUAUGAUAUUGUAGUUUAGAUGAUACAAGACGAAUGGAUUACGAAGCCAUUAUCCCUAACAUUUUUGUGAAUUAUUACAUUAAAUUGAAGUGUACCCAAAGUCUGGAAGUACUGAAAUUUAUUUUCACAAUUAGAUGCUCUGUUUUUUCUUAGUUAGAAAAAUAGAUGCUAUGUUUAUCUUCACCAGAAUAUAUUUUCAACAGAUUUUAGUUCUAGAAGGCUUUAUGGAGGCACUAUUGUUAGAAUAUGAAGAUUUAAGGGAUUUUUUUUAAAAAAAAGGGUAUACUACAUAUAGGGAUGGCCUUGGUUAUCAACCUUCUGAUAGUCUUUUUUUUCCCAUGUAAAUAGUUUAUUCUUUGUCAACUUAUGACUUCGCAUUCUUAGACUCUGUUCUAUGAGCAGGUGGCACAUGUAUGUUUUGGUUUAGUUUUUGGUGUCCCUACAAUAUUGCACGAUUUUUGGGAUUUUUACUUGAUUUUUUUUUUUGCCAGAAGGAUUUUUACUUGAUUAAUUGUAAUAUGAUUGUAGUCAUUUAUAGUUUUAUUACUGGGAAGAGUUUAAUUCAUCCUUUUCAGAUAGACAUACACAAAAAAAAAUAAAAAAUUGAAAUGAACACCGCUGUCUAGAAAAGUAAAACUUGAAAAAGAAAUAAAACUGUUAAAUGCAAAGAACAGUUUACAGCCUAAUUCUAUGUUACUUGAAGCUCUUCAUAUACCAAGUAGGGUAUAUUCUGCUAUUUAAUAUACAAUACUUCUUCUUUAAUUAUGCUAUGCUGUUCCUAGCUGGACUUCUAUGUUACUUGAAUAUCUUCACUAUACCAACUAGGGUAUCACAAUUUCUAUUUUUUGAUUAAGCUAUUUUGUUAGUAACUUUUCGAUUCAUGAGAAUUUCUUUUCAAUUAGCAGUAUUAGUUGAUGGCUAAAUUUAAGGCAUUUGUACCUAGCUCCAUACUUCUUUUAUGUAUGAGUAGUUUCUACAGCCAUUCUGAUUGUGUUAUGAAUAUAUAACACAUUUUCCUUCUAUCUUGCAAUUUUAGAUAUGGUUUAUAAUAUUGGCACUAAUUAUAUAAGCCUUUUGUUAUGUAAGCCCUCUUGAUCGACAAAACAUGCAUCCCAUACUCAGUACAUCUGCAAAUUAGAAAAGCAAACAUAAUUAAUGUAAAAUUUGCACAUAAAGGUCAUUUAAAUGUCUCAGGUUGAGCUAGUCGUAUAAUUUUCCUGAGCUCCAUUAAGCAAUAUUUUGAUAUCCGUAAAGCCUCUCAUA